AUGGACCCUUUUCCAGCCGUAGUCUUUGUGUUCGCGCCACUAUCUGCCAUUAUUCUUCACGAAUUUGUCUUGAGACGCGUUGAAGUCGAUCAUCUCUCGUUGCCUAUCAUUGUGAUCUCGAGCUCUGUGUACUGGUUGCUUGUCUACAAAACAAGUUUUCUAACUGCAACGGUAGUGACCGCGGCGUUCUGGCUUCCGCUGUUUCUGUAUAUUGGAGCUUAUCGAGCAUUCUUCCAUCCUUUGCGGGACUAUCCUGGUCCAAAGUGGGCGAAACUGUCGAAAUGGUGGGCUUUAAAGCAAACGUGGGAAUCACACUUCCAUGGAUUUGAGGUGCAACAGCAGCUGCAGAGAGACUACGGAGACUACGUGAGAACAGGUCCGCGAGAGCUGUCGAUCUUUGACCCGGCUGCUAUUCAACCCAUCCUAGGGUUUCAGUCCAAGACUCGCAAGGGCCCCUUCUACAGUAUCAUGGAGAAGUCACUACAUCUGAAUCGCGACAAGGCAUUUCAUCGUCAGCGUCGCAAGAUCUGGGACAACGGAAUGAAGACAUCUCUCUCCGACUUCGCUCCGCGUGUCGAAGAAUUCACUGAACAACUUCUUGAGCGCAUUCGAGCCGCGAAUAGAAAGCCUGUUCCGCUUAUGAGAUAUAUGGUCGACUACAGUUACGACGUCAUGGCUGAACUUGCGUUUGGAAAGCCAAUGGGUUUCACCAAAGGCGACUCGAGUGAUGUCGCAGAUGGCAUCGUGCAAACCUUUACCGAUGGCUUACAGAUCAUGGGUCUGCUCAUGCAGAUACCAUGGAUGUUCAACGCUUUGGGAGCACUCACCGAACUCGCUGGCCCCAUGAAAGUAUGGAAGGACUGGAGUGUGAGCCAAAUGAAUGCUAGAAUUGCCCGCAAAGAAGGCCCACCAGACUUCAUAACGCAUCUGAUCAACGGCACCCCAGACUCCCCAGCAGGCCGUGAGCUUCUCUACGGCGAGUCCCGACUCAUCAUCAGCGCAGGCAGCGAGACUACAUCCACUGCCCUAACAUUCGCAUUCAUUAACCUCGCCACUCACCCAGAGUACAUGCGCGCCGUUCGCAAAGAGUUCCGCGACACCACUGCCGACACUGAUUGCCAGUGCUCCCGACCUCUCCUCGACGCUGUAAUCCACGAAUCCAUGCGUCUCCGGCCCUCCGUCUUCUUCGCCUCCCAACGCGUCACACCGCCAGAGGGCAUGAGCAUUAACGGACACUUCAUCCCCGGUAAUAUGAUCAUCAGCAUGCCGCCUUUCGCUAUGAACCGCGAUGCGAGGAACUUUGUCGACCCCGAUGAGUUUAUCCCUGAGAGGUGGACGACGAAGCCGGAACUUGUGCUUAACAAGAGCGCGUACAAUCCUUUUUCCACGGGCCCGUAUAACUGUGUGGGGAAGGCGCUUGCGAUGAUGGAGUUGAGGAGCGUGCUAGGAAGGGUUAUCAGUGAGUUCGAUGUCGUGCUGCCUACCGAUUUCGAUAGUGCGAAGUAUUGGGAGGGCGUCAAGGAUCACUUUACUGCGGGCCCGCCGAAGCAGAUGGUGGAGUUUGUGAAGGCGGAGACUAAGCAGUGGAUUUCUGUGGACUAGAUAGACCAAAUCACAAACCAGGCCAGGUAGUCUCAAU